UUUCGGACAGUAUUAUUUCUUCACAUAUAUCCGCCGUUAAAAAAUUCAAAAUGGAGCAAAACCCGCCGUCGCCGUCCUCCGACGAACAAAAGCCUUCUUUAUUCCCUCUGUUCGCAGCCUCCUCGUCUCUCCAAGCCACCACCACUUCUUCGAAUCCUCAAUGGCUCAGCAACUCUAGCUUCACCACCAACAUCUCCGUCAUAAACGAUGCCGUUGCCUCACAACUCAAUCGCGAAGCGACGCUAUCGCCGCCACAAAAUGACGAGGACGACGAAAAUCUCGCUGAGGCGCAUCCUCUCCCUUCUCGGUACGAGAUUCUCGAAUCUUCUGAAUCCGACGGUGGCGGAAGGGAUAGAGAGAGGAGGAAAAAGAAGAAGAAAAAGAAGCGGAGGCGUGAUUCAUCUGCGGAGAGAGGCGGGUUCGACGGUUUCGGUUCGCGGAAGUCGCGUGUUCGAGUUUGGGCGGAUUCAGAGAGCAACGUUACCAAGGAUUAUUACUUUGAUUCUCACGGAGAUCGGGAUAAUCUGGCGUUUGGAUGCAUCUAUAGAAUGGAUGUUGCCCGAUACAAACCUUACAAUCCCUUGAAACUGUCUGGGCUACACACUCGAGGUUUGUAUUGGUGGAAUAGGAGCGGUUCACUGUUGGAUAGAGAUGGUGAUGUUGAUGCACUAGAUGCUAAAAUGAAGUCUGCUGGUCGUUACUGGUCUGGAAAGUAUAUGGCUUUGGAGAGACAUAAGAGCUUUAAGCGUAUUCAUCUUGUUGCUUCAAAAUUGUCUCCUGUCACUAUGCAAGAUGAGUUUAUACCUUUAUCUGAAUCAGAUGCUGGGUCAUCUCUUGGAGCUGUUGACAGUGAUUCUGUCUCCAAAACUUUGACACCUCUUGAAGAAUCUUGGGAAGAUGAAAUGUUAAACAAAACUAGGGAGUUCAACAAACUAACAAGGGAGCACCCCCAUGAUGGAAAAGUUUGGUUAGCUUUUGCAGAGUUCCAAGAUAAGGUUGCAGGGAUGCAACGGCAGAAAGCUGCUCGAUUGCAAACUCUUGAGAAGAAGAUUAGCAUUCUGGAGAAGGCAGUUGAGCUCAAUCCAGACAAUGAAGAGAUAUUGCUUUGCCUUUUGAAAGCUUAUCAGAUGAGAGACAGCUCGGAUGUGCUAAUUGCAAGAUGGGAAAAGAUACUUUUGCAACACUAUGGUAGUUGUAAGUUGUGGAGAGAAUUCUUGCUGACAGUUCAGAGAAAUUUCUCCAGAUUCAAGGUUUCAGAGGUCAGGAAGAUGUACGUUCAUGCAAUUGAAGCUCUAUCUGCUUCAUGCAGCAAGCACUCUAGGCAGCAGGUCCCUCAAGGUGCUGAUCCUUCUUCAUCAGAUCCUGCAAUUGUUGAAUUAGAACUUGGUCUUGUGGAUAUAUUUCUUAGUCUUUGCAGAUUUGAGUGGCAGGCUGGUUAUAGAGAAUUGGCCACUGCUUUAUUUCAGGCUGAAAUAGAGUUUAGUUUGUUUUGUCCCCCUUUGCUGCUCACUGAGCAGCAUAAACACAGACUGUUUAAGGAUUUUUGGAAAAGUGGUGGUGCUAGAGUUGGGGAAGAAGGGGCUCUUGGUUGGUCCACAUGGUUGGAGAAAGAGGAGGAAACUAGGCUAAAAGUUAUAAACGAGGAGCUCGUACGUGAAAGCGAUGAGGGUGGUUGGACUGGUUGGUCAGAACCUAGGUUCAAGGAUAACGAGGAUGUUACUAUGGUUGAAAAUGAAGACAACAAUGAUAUGGUUAUGGAGGAUACUCAAGAUGAAGAGGAAUAUAAUGAAGUUGAGACAGAAGUUGAUACUGAGAAUCUUCUGAAGAUGCUGGGUAUUGAUAUCAAUAAUGGGGAUGGUGAAGUUAAUGACACUGCCACUUGGAUCAAAUGGUCAAAAGAAGAGUCUUCUAGAGAUUGUGAGCAGUGGAUGCCUGUUCGUAGGAAAUCAGAUACAACCUCUAGUGAGGCGCAGAAAACAGAUGAGGAUGACCAACUCUUGAGAGUUGUAUUGUAUGAAGAUGUGAAUGAAUACCUAUUCUCUCUACGAACAACAGAGGCUCGACUAUCUUUAUUGUCCCAAUUCAUUGACUUCUAUGGUGGGAAGAUGUCUCAGUUGUUUUGCUCCAACAGCCCAACAAUGGCAUACAGUAUCCGUAGUUUGGAGAAUCUGCCAGAUUCUAUGUUAGAGAAGUUGAAACGCAUCCAUGAAGUUUUGACUAAAACACAGAACACUCCUACUGGUUUUAGUUUUGAAUUCCUAUCAGACAGUUUCUCAAGGAAUGCUGAUAUCAUGAAAUUUAUACGGAAUGCUGUUUUACUUUGUUUAACUGUUUUUCCACGUAAUUACAUGUUGGAAGAAGCUGUUCUUAUUUUUGAAGAGCUAUAUGUUACAAAAAUGAAUUCUUCUAACAGUAUGGUUACACCGUGUCGAUCUUUAGCAAAAUCUCUUCUGAAAAGUGAUCGCCAGGAUCUAUUGCUAUGUGGUGUAUAUGCACGAAGAGAGGCUACUUAUGGUAACAUUGAUCACGCAAGGAAAGUGUUUGACAUGGCACUGUUGUCUGUUGAGGCGCUUCCUGGGGAACUACAGUCCAAUUCUCCUCUUCUAUAUUUCUGGUAUGCUGAAGUGGAGGUUGCAAAUAACACUGCCCAUGGUAGUGAAUCUUCAUGUCGUGCAAUACAUAUAUUAUCAUGCUUAGGAAGUGGUACAAAAUACAUUCCCUUUAAAAGUCAAGCAUCAGGUGUGCAACUCCUUAGAGCACAUCAAGGAUUUAAAGAAAAAUUAAGAACAGUAUGGUCAUCUUGGGUUCGUGGCAUAAUAAAUGACCAGUCUGUAGCUCUAAUAUGUUCUGCUGCACUGUUUGAGGAGCUGACCACUGGAUGGGAUGCGGGUAUUGGAGUUUUGAAUCAAGCUUUUUCAAUGGUGCUUCCAGAAAGAAGAAGUCAAGGUUAUCAUCUUGAAUUUUUGUUUAACUAUCAUAUAAAGAUUCUUCAAAGACAUAAGAGAGAAUCAAGUCUCAUGAAAGUUUGGGAAUCCAUCUUGCAUGGUCUCCAGAUAUAUCCCUUCAGUCCUGAACUUCUAAAAGAUUUAGUAGAGAUCGGCCAUUAUUACACCACAUCUAAUAAACUGCGGCGGAUUCUAGAUGACUGUUGUUACAAGAAACCAUCUGUAGUUCUCUGGCUUUUUGCGUUGUCAUUCGAAAUGUUUAGAGGUGGUUCAGAACACAGAAUCCGAGGAUUGUUCGAAAAGGCAUUGAGUAAUGACGGUCUUAGCAGCUCAGUUGUACUGUGGCGUUGCUACAUCAUGUUUGAAAUGGAAAUUGCAAAUGAUCCUUCUGCAGCUCGUCGUGCCUUCUUCCGGGCUAUCCAUUCCUGCCCCUGGUCAAAAAGGCUAUGGUUGGAUGGUUUUCUCAAGCUUAAUUCUGUCCUUACUGCAAAAGAGCUAUCUGAUCUACAGGAAGUUAUGCGUGAUAAGGAACUGAAUCUAAGAACUGACAUCUAUGAGAUCCUUCUGCAAGAGUCAUGACAUCUACACUCCCAAUGCUGCUUAGUAUUAUGUGAAUUUGGUACAUUUUUUAGAUUUAGUUUACUUGCAUGGUUACAGCUUGUAGAAUUGAUACGAUUGUAGUAGUAUAAGUGUACAUUUAUGGGGAUAUCUGAACUUGCAAUGCACUUGUAAAUAAACAUUGGAAUUGAAAGGAAAACUAAAUAUCAGAAACCUCAGGUUGCUAGCUUA